GAAGAAGACGUCACACACGAUGGGCAACGCCGUGGGAUCUGGCGGGGAAGACGACGUCGAAUCCGGGACGAAGCGGCUGAUCACCGCUGCAGUCGACCCUGGGCCGGUCGACGCGUUGGGGACAGCCGACGACGAUGACGACGAGUGCCGCAGGAGGCGGUGUCGCCAUCACUUUCAUCACCGACAUACCGACUGUCGGGACGGCCGGCCCUCAGCGCCAACGGACACGGAGACUGGCCAAGAGGCCAUGAUGGGUGCGCACCGAUCCGCCUCUCGGCCCGUGAUCACGGCCGGCCCGUCACGUUGCCGCGUGCAGCCGGUGUCCGUGUCUUAUCCUCCCGCGCCGCUGGGCGGUCGGCGGACGCUGUCUCCCGUGCACUACGCCCAUGCCGCCUCGGAUGAGUGUCCCAUGCUGUCCGCCAGCGGUCCCGUGGCCACAUGGUGCCGGCACCACAUCCACGAGGGUCCCUUUAAGUUGGCAACGAAAGCGGUGGCGUCUGCACGAAGUCAUCCACACCGCGCGUUUGCAGCGGACCACCACGACCGGCAACAACACGAGUGGCAGCGCAGGGGCCGUGGUUGUUCCCUUGGUCAGCGUGCGACACCUGUGGCUGUUCGCGUGCAGCCUGCUGUUCGCCGGCGCCACCGUGUCGCUGGUGUCCGCCGCUCUGGCCGUGGUCACCUGGCGGCUCCUGCACGAGCCGACGGGAUCCGAGCUGGCGCGGAACGCGUCCUCCGCCAUGGCGCGCGCUGCCGCGGCCUCCGCCGCUGCUGGCGGAGGCGAGAGGCUCGCGAACUUCACGCAUUUCGCCGCCGACCACCAGCCGCCGCCACCCACGGCCGGAAAUGCUCGAGGAAGCGAGAGUGCCCAGCCCUUCGGGUGCGCCACGCCACUUCCGGUCACCGGUGAUGACGGGGCGCUGUCUGUAGAGUAGCACGAUAAAAAAGCGAACAUUGCUGGUGACGUCCUGCAUCGUUGUUGUGGGCGCUGUCUGCACACAGAAAGCACGCUGUACGAUUUUAUCAUCUUGUUUGUUCGCACGGGACCGAAGACGUGAUUUUCCAGUUUCAGAGCGUUCA